UCCAUUUGGUCAUUGCUCGCCUCGAUUUACUCUCCGCCAAUCGCCAAUGCAAAACCUUUACAUAAUUUUCGGUAUAGAUAACUCUGGUCCAACUCCCUCGGAAGGGCCUAAUGUUUGGUUUAAUAUCCUUACCAUACGAGGUUUUAUCAAAUAUCAUUGAUAAUAUCAGCUUUGAUGAUGCUUUCAAUCUUGGUCGAAGCUGCAAGCAUUUCAAAUACCUUUUCACGGAGGAGAGUAUAUCCAAGACGAUCGUGCAGACAAAAGUGCGAUAUUCCAAUGAAGCCCUGGCCGCGAUGACCGUUGGUGGUGGCAAUGCUAGAGCACUCCGCAGGGUGGCUAAGAGACGCGACGCUCUCGCCACAGCGAAUCCCUUUGUUGUAGCGACGAUUGGAUUCUGUGAUGCUUACCUCUAUUGUAAAGGUGUCCUGUGCUACACUCUUGAUGACAAAUUACGACUUUUAAAUCUGCAUCAUUCGGCUCAGGACGAGCUCGUAAUCAGUAUCCCUGGCCUCCUCACCCAAGCCCUCUCUGAGAUCGGCGAUCAUAGCAGAGGGGUAUUCCAGGUAUUACAUUACUCCGACAAGAUCUUAUCAUGUCUUUACAAAUCUUCGGGCCCGGAAUCAACAGCAUGGCUAAUAGCGUUCCACCUGGGGACGAGAGGAAUCCUAAUUGUACAUGAACUGGAGUCUAUCGACAAAAUAUUUGUGCGCCAUAACAAGCAAUACCUCUAUUAUGGAACGCAUUCAGAAAUCGGAACAGACGGAAACAGAAAAUGGGUAAUUCAGGGGUACGAUUUCAAGACACGGAAAUGGUUCGACCAAAAGAUACAUCUCCCAGAUAUGGUAGGUUCUGAGAUUGGUUCGACAAUUUGUUUUGAAUUUCAUAAGGACUAUUUCUAUGCCCUUUCCAAUCAGACCUCUUUCGAGGUCGAAGAAAUAGAUUGGACCUCCUUCUAUCACUGUAUUCGGUUUCCUUUGAACUCUCCUUGCAAAGCGCUUCUGGAAAAGACCGAGAACAAAAGCAUGUGGAGAAGACAGCAUCAAGAAGGCCCAAUCGAUGACAGAUGGACUAAUCUUCGUUUGGACGAGGACGAGAGCUCCGGUCGGCUCAGGAUUGUGGAAGCUCGAAAGGAAUGGUACCUGGGGUCCAGCAGAAGUCAGCGAACAUACUACACAACAGACAUAAUAUUUCCAAAACUGGAGAAGGACGACGAACUACAUCUAAACGACUUGCCCACAGCCUCUUCCUCUGACUCCAACUUUGCCUCUCCAUCCAUCUCCUGGGCUCAUGCGUCUCAAUCGGCCUCCACCUCUGCGUCCUCCUCAUCCUCUGCAAGUACCGCUUCCUCGUCAAAUACUGCCUCCACAGACACUUCAAACACCACUGCCUCGCAUCCCUCCGAAGACAUGGAUAUAUCAGAGCUGCCCGAUGUACCGCUUCUCCGACUGCUCCGAAAGGACGAUCACCCGCACCACAUCAAACCUCCCGCUCGUCUCCCCCAAAAUACCCACCCUGGAAACGAUGGCUCCUCGCAACCAACUUUCACACUAGCCAAGUCGCGCAUACGAACCUACUACACCUCAUGCAGCGCAUUUCUUGAUCUAGUCGAUGACCCGCUCCCUACGGAUUGGCAAGGCAGACAGAGGCUCCGCUUACGGGCGGGAAGCCGAAGUCUCGGGCCGCCCCUUACUUACAUGAACGGCCGCAAGCAAGGCCUCCUCCGACCCCCUUCAUCCGAUCUCGACAUUGCCCUAGCGGAGAUGUACCGCGUUCCCGAGAUCAUAUACUGGCCUGCCUCACAAAACCCAGAGCCCAGCCUCCGAAAUAAGCAUGUCGAUGCAAUCUACAGGCUCAUGAAUCCUCCUAGCCAUCUGGGCAACGUGGAAGGGACAGCAGAUGAGAGAAGUAUGGUCUACGUUACAGGGGCGAGGAAUGAGCCACAAGCGCUUAUCUUCAUCGCUUUUGAUCCAGCGAUCAAGCUUGCUGGUUUGAAGAGGUGGGGUGGUUUGUGCCGGAAGGGUGUGGGAGAAGGGCCGCACAUAGAUGGGAGGGCAACUGGGUACGCUGCUGAGGAGACAGGACUCAAAGGGGACACAUAUGUUGACGUGGACGAACGGGAUAGGACGGUUACGGUGGACAGGAAAGGCAAGGGCAAAGAAAGAGUGAGGUGCAGCGAUAUCGCGGUGAUGCAGAGCUGCGAAACGGUCGAUGUACAUGACAGAGUCGCUUUCCCGGGGAGCAAGGUGGGGGUUGGGCUUCGACGGAACGCUUGGGCUUGGAAAGAGAGGGCGAUGUAUCAGGACAUAAAUCUUGGCUACUACUUUGGUAUGGAGCAUGUUGGAUGAGGGAUUUGGAUGAAAGGUAAGUGCGUUGAUUGUCUAUGUUGGUGGCAUAUUGAGUGCGCGUUGCUCGGGCGCAGGUUUUCUUUUCUGUGCCGCCUCGAGCAGAUCAAUAAAUCGUUCUCCGACC